AGGAAAGGAGUGAGUAGAAGCAAAUGCCGCGUCCUUAUCAGGGUUCUGGGUGCCAAGUAGAUGCCCCGGCUUGGCGGUGAUGAUCCACGCAGAUACUCUCACGGAGAGCUUCGAUCAUUGGAUUGGCCAUUCAAGGACGAAGAUGCAAACCAGUCGAGAAAUGAGGAGCUUCUGUCUCUGCUCUUCGGCGGUGGCUUCUUCUAACUUAACGUGUAGGGAGCUGUGCGCAACUACAUGUAAUCGUGGCAACCCCACACGAAGGGCGUACGCCUUGCCGGUCAAUCCAGCUUCUUUCGCGGAUACAAUCCCGAAGUAUCCUUCUCUUCGCUUCAUCCACUCCUCAGCCAUCGUACCAUCAUGGCUAGCAUCAUGAAAGACCCAGGCGAGCGUUCGCUAGACACCCUCCUCUCCACUUUGAACACAGUACUGCAUCCUCAGACAUAUGUGUUCGCGACAUUGCGCGACGAGACUAAAUUGCCUCCUCUUUCGGAGAUCCAAUCCAUGAUCCGAGAGCAGGAGGGCAUCACCGUCAUCACGACACAGGACUACGCAACUGCCAAUGGUCUCGACCACUUCUUCCCUUGCAAGAUGAUCACGCUCAACGUCACAUCCAGCCUCGAAGCUGUGGGAUUCAUGGCCGUCAUCGCCACGCGGCUGGCGUCGAAAAACAUGGGAGUGAACCCGGUGAGCGGCUUCUAUCACGAUCACUUGUAUGUCCCUGUCGGGAGGGAGGACGAGGCGGUGGAAGAACUGGCAAAGCUGGCGGAAGAGAAGCGGCAACAGUAGAGAGGAUGGAAAACGAGACAGGAAGACGACAUUGCAACAUUGGGUAUCUAUUUCGACUGGCUGGAGUCACGU